CGCCGCUGUCUGACCGAUAAAAUGACACAUUUUGUCCUUUUGUUUCUUCUGGGAAUCCACAGCACUGCAGCUGUUUCUCAUUCUCUGAAGUAUUUCUACACUGCGUCCUCUCAAGUCCCAAACUUCCCACAGUUUGUGGCUGUUGGUUUGGUCGAUGAUGUUCAGAUGGUUUAUUAUGACAGCAACACAAUGAAAACUGUCCCAAAACAGGACUGGAUGAAGGAGAACAUGGACCAGCAGUACUGGGAGAGAGAGACUACGCACUUUAUGGGAGCCCAGCAGGCCUUCAAAGCCAACAUUGAAAUCUUAAAGCAGCGCUUCAACCAAACUGGAGGAGUUCAUGUUGUCCAGCAGAUGUACGGCUGUGAGUGGGAUGAUGAGACUGCAGAGGUCAAAGGUUAUCAUCAGUUUGGUUAUGACGGAAAAGAUUUCAUCAUGCUGGACCUACAGACACAAACCUGGAUCGCUCCAACCCAACAAGCUUUCAUCACCAAAAACAAAUGGGAUGGUGAUGCAGCUUUGGGAAAGAAUCAGAAAUCCUACUUUAGUCGGAUUUGUCCUGAGUGGCUGAAGAAAUAUGUGAACUACGGGAGAAACUCCCUGAUGAAAACAGAACUUCCAUCAGUGUCUCUCCUCCAGAAAUCUUCCUCCUCUCCAGUCAGCUGCUUCGCUACGGGUUUCUAUCCCAACACAGCAGAAAUGUUCUGGAGGAAAGACGGGAAGGAGAUUUAUCAGGAUGUGAAAAAAGGAGAAAUCCUCCCUAACAAUGAUGGGACCUUCCAGACGAGUGUCGACAUUUAUCUGCAAUCUGUUCCUCCUGAAGACUGGAACAAGUACGAAUGUGUGUUUCUGCUUUCUGGAGUGGAGAGAGGCGUCAUCACACUGGAGAAAACUACAAUCAGGACCAAUGAAUCAGUGAAAAUCAAAACUCUGAUCAUCGCUGCUGCUGUUGCUGUUGCUGUUGUUUUUGCUGUUGCUGUGGUUUUCCUUUGUCUCAUUGGAGGAUUUAUUCUUUACAAGAAGUAUAAAGGUUCUCCAGGCACCAGGAGGAUUAAUUUUUAACUGGUGAAAGUUCAGACAGUUGAGGCAGAACCUCGUCCUGAUGUAACGCAAAAAGAAAGAAAUGAGGACUUUGGACACCAAGGCACCAAAAUAAGAGUUUUAUUUCUAAACCAUUGUUCCCAGUGAGGUUUGGAGGGAUGCUGGUGCUGAUCUGCAGCUAACGCUCUGGGGGACAGACACAGUGUUACAAUAAUUAUGUUUUACAAUCAUUCUUACAUUAGUUCAGUGUUACAAUAAUUAUUUUAUAAUGAUUCUUGCUGUCAAGAAAACUGGUGUGAAAAGGUGAGAUCUGUCCAGGGUUCAUGCAGAAAACAGAUCAUAACGGGCCUAAGAGACUGAAGUAAUCUUGUGUUAUGAUUCAAUGUUGAUUAUGAACUAUGUAUUGUGUUAUGUUUGAUGAUUAUGAAGUAAGUAAAAUCUGAAGUUGAUUGUUUAUAAAUCAGUUAAAUAAGAAAUUACAACUGAAUGUAUAAUCAUACUGAAUCAAGGUGAAAAGUAUUAAGUAGUAAUGAUUGAAGGAAUGUAUUAAUCAUGAUUGUGUUGAUGAAGUUAUGUGAUAAAGUUAUGAUUCUGUAUAACAUAAAGGACUGAAAUCAGAAUAAUAGAAGUAUAGGGACAGUCUUUGGGUGUAGAGAGACAAGUCUGGACAUGUUCUGGUGGUGAGCAGAAAGGCCUGGUCUGGCUGUGUUCUGGGAAAUUUGCCAGGAAACUAUAAUGUAAUCAGACCAGAGCAGAAGGAAGCAACUGAUGACCAAAUAUGGAAGGACAUUACAUUAAUACACAGUGUUACAAUAAUUAUGUUUUAUAAUGAUUCUUACAUUAGUUCAGUGUUACAAUAAUUAUGUUUUAUUAUCAUUCUUACAUUAUUAGAACAGUGUUACAAUAAUUAUGUUUUAUUAUCAUUUUCACAUUAGUUCAGUGUUACAGUAAUUAUGUUUUAUAAUGAUUCUUACAUUAGUAGUUACUAGUUUGUUUUUCAUUUAAACGGUUAGUGUUUUCACUCCAGAAAGGAGGAAUUUGUUAAACUGUGUUAAACCUUGAAGAUUAUUUCUCUAUCUACCAAAAUACUCCUGACUUGUGAAUUUGCCUGUGCAGGAUGUAGUUUCUGUGUUCCUUCUAACUUAUUAUCAGAAUUGCCCCCUUUCUUUUUAUUUAUUACUCUCCCUCAUCCCACUGACUCCUUCUGUGUUAAUAAAAAGACGAGUGCUGAAA